GACUCACACACGACUCAAAUAAUGCCUCUACCAACUGUCCUGCCACGCUCACCCAGAACAGUACUUACCAUGUAAAUACGAAAAUCCACUGUAUAGUGUACAUUUACGUAUGAAAACCGGCAUAAGAGCUCCAUACGUUGGGGGUCGGGGGUCUUGGAUCCAGACAGUACUUGAAGACUUUGUUUGUUUGUGUGUGAGAGAGAGCGUUGUUCAAGAUAUCUAUAUACAGCCACGUGUCUUGGCCGAGUCUCCACCGUGUGCAUUUUUUCUCUCUCUCCUCUCUGUAUUUCCUUCAACGUUUUCAUCACAUUUUCACUCUUUUAAGAUUCGUACUAGAUUUCACUGCCCCGCACACACAAACAUAUUGUAUAUUAUAUUAUUAGCAAUUGAAAGCUACCAAUUUCAGAAAUUGAGAAAAAAUGAAAAGUGGCGUUGUAGUUGUUGAUGACGAGUUCGCAUACGAAGAAGAGACCCAUCUUACUGUUCACAAGACCUCUCUCUUCUUCCCCGGCGAUGGCUUCACCGCCUACAACCCGAAAGGCGACCUCAUCUUCCGAGUCGACUCGUACGGCACCAAGCCCGAACUCGUUCUCAUGGAUCCCUCCGGCCACUGCCUCCUCACUGUUCGACGAAAGAGACCGAGUUUGCAUCAACGGUGGGAAGGGUUUUUGGGGGAGAGAUCGGAGGGCCAGAAACCGAUCUUCAGUGUGCGGAGGUCGUCGAUCAUUGGACGGUCGAGCGUGACGGUGCAAAUGUACGACAAUCCAGGCGAGGAGUACCAGAUCGAGGGAUCGUUUGGGCAGCGAUGUUGCACGAUAUACAAUGCGGCGAAGGAAACGGUGAGUGAGAUCAGACGGAAAGUGGAUGCGUCGACAAACGUAGUGCUUGGGAAGGACGUUUUCUCACUCUGCAUUAAACCCGGCUUUGAUAGUGCGUUUGCCAUGGGAUUAGUGCUGGUUCUUGAUCAAAUUAACGGUGAUGAUGAUGGCGAUGAUGGUGGGCCCGAAGUCUACCCCACCAAUGAAGAUUCACCUUUCUCUUCUUAGAUUUCUUCUCAUUUUCAUUCCAUUUUCAUUACAAUCUGGGAUUUUUUUUGGUCAUUAUUUUAGUGCCAAAAAAAGAGAAAUAAAACGUAUACAAUAAAAAUCUAAGAAUUUCAAAAAAAAAAAAAAUUUGUAAUGAUUUGGAUCUUUAUUAGUAAUGUUAAUAUUGUUUUUAGAAAAUUUGAAAGGAAAAAAUAUUUAUAAUAUUCUUGUGUCUAUUCUGUGGGUAUGAUUAUCCAGUAAGUCUAUGAGACUGACUUGACUGAAUGCAUGGUUGAGGUUGUGAAGA